AUGGAUCCCCAAGCCCCAGAUCUUCAAGCAGAAGCGUCGUAUUUGGAGGAACUAUCGAGACUUGCAAAUUGGGAUCCUAGAUAUGUCGAAUUGCAACAAGUUAUAAACAGUGACCAGAUUUCAUUCGAUGAUGGUUGGGGUAUCAUUAGUGACAUUACUUCUGAUGCAGGAGUCCCUCCUCAAUCUAGCAACUACGUCUUCAAUACCAAAAAUUCCGUCUCAUUGUUCUGUAGCAAACUGAAGACCAUUACACCUGGGACACGCACAAGAGUGAUUCUCUUCUUGACGUGUAAUUUUCCUUGGCAUAGUCCAUCUCACCGAUCACCAAUACUCAAUCCCGUUGUGAUUGACGUUCUCGGAAGUGUCUACAAGGUCGUGCCCUCCUUUUUCUAUUAUCUACUGAAUUCAGAAAGGCACACUUUUCGUUGGUUCACAGCUGGAAAGCUUGAUGGGAUUGAGCAACAUAUAAAAUUUGGAUUUGAGUAUACCACAUCACGCCUUAAACCAUGCUGUACCGUCUACUGCUUGAAGAAUGGUGAUUGUAAGACGGUGGUCGUCUAUUACGAGGAAUACCAAUCUUUAAUUGCCCAGGAUGAUACAAAAGAUAUCGUAUCCAAGAUCUCCCGCGCUUGGGAUAGGCUGAGUAGCUCUGAAGUCGAGUCUGCCGCUCAAAACCCUCUAGAACUCUUAGAGCCAAUAAUUCAAGACUUAGAGAAGUACUUUUCUGAGAGUAUUGAAUGCAUGAGUCAGAAUCUCCAAUCAUGGGGCAGAAUUUCGCCGCCAAGUCUCCAGCCGUAUCCCGAGCUGAUGGAGAUGACAAUCUUCUAA